AUUAUCGCAGACAACAACUGACAAAUAGCGACUUUCCUAUUUAUCCGACAAGCAAGGCUUCUACUGUUCGUUGAUGCUUGUAUCGCAGUCGUGACAGCUCCCCCGGCACUUUCUCCGUUUUUUCUCCGCUCCACCCAAGACCACGCUUCCUUCUUUCUCUUCUACAUACAACAAUGGCCAUGCGUGCUGUGAACCAGGCUGUUGAGGGCGAGAACGGUGUGAUGCCCAACAUGGCAGCAAAGGCCGCUGCUGGUGUGAAGGCUGGUGCUGGUCUUCAAGCUCAGAACAAGCGCCGUGCCCUCGGCGACUUGUCGAACCAGCAGCCCGCUGCUGCUGCUGGCAAGGCCGCCCUUGGCAAGGAGAAGGCUACAGCUCCGGUUGCAGAUGUUGGCGUCAAGACCCGUGCCGCGGCACGCAGGGCCGAUGCUAUCAAGGAUGCUCCUAUGCCAGCAGCAGCUGCUCUUAAGCCCGCACAGUUGGUGCCGCGCACCCGUGCGGCGGCGACCAACGCGCAGCGGGUCCAGGGCCCCAGCAUGAGCUCGUUGCUGUCUCAGCGCAGCGAGGCCUUUGUCGGCAGCCAGAGCGUACGCGCUCCCCCUGCUUCACCUUUGCCUGAUAUCGACUCCGGUGACAAGCUGAACCCGCUUAUGGCCGCGGAGUAUGUCAACGACAUCUACUACUUCUACAAGCGUGUUGAGCCCAAGUUCAAGGUGCCCGCUGACUAUAUGAGCAAGCAGACGGACAUCAACGAUAAGAUGCGCGCUAUCCUCAUCGACUGGCUUGUUGAGGUGCACCUCAAGUUCAAGCUGAUGCCCGAGACCCUUUUCCUCACCGUCAACCUCAUCGACCGCUUCCUGAACGAGAAGCAGGUCACCCGCAAGAACCUGCAGCUGGUGGGCGUUACAUCCAUGCUGAUUGCCUCCAAGUACGAGGAGAUCUGGGCACCCGAGGUUCGCGACUUCGUUUACAUCUCGGAUCGCGCCUACACCAAGGAGCAGAUCCUGGGGAUGGAGAAGGUCAUGCUCAACACCCUCAAGUUCCACCUGACCCUGCCAACUACCUACAACUUUCU